AUGAUGGGUACAGCCAUGCAGAAUCUGGACCAGCUGUUGACUAUGCCAUAUGGGUGUGGGGAGCAGAACAUGGUACACUUUGCCCCCAAUAUUUUUGUUAUGCAGUAUCUGGAAAAGACUAAUCAGCUGACUGAUGAGAUCAAGAGCAAAGCCACUGAGUUCAUGGAGAAAGGUGAGAGACAUUUUGUUAUCAUUUAG